AUGAUGAAUUCAGGUGGUGAGGUGCUGGUUUAUUUUGGUAGUAUUCCUUUUCCGGCUGUAAUGAGAUGGAAUAGUUUUGUUCAGACAAAGUAUAAUCGACUGAGUUCACUUCAAUUUUCAGCUCACUCGGAAUAUGUAGGAAUUCACUUAAGAUGCAUUAUUUAUUUAUCUAUUGAAGAGAUGUAUAUAGUUCGACUUACGCAAGAGGCUAUUACAUUUUUUUUUCUUAUACAUAUCGUUAACAAUAAGUUAUGA